GGUGCCAACCUCUCCAAACCACCAGGUGCCCUGGCAGCCCUGUGCCAGGCUGCUGCAGGCUCACCCUGUGCUCGUGCCCCUGGAGUGUGCCACCACUCACCCCAGGGUGGGACAGGGCAGCACCUCCCCCUGCCAGCUGGUUGUGCCAUGUCCCAGUGUUUGCUGUCACUGUGCCAUGUGUGCCAGGCAAGGCUGGCAGCACUGCUGUCCUGAGUCUGCUUCCCUCUGCUCCUGGUCUUGGUCUUCUCCUCCUCCCCUGCCCAACCUUUUGCCCUCUCUCUGCUCUCUGCCAGCCUUGGACUUUUCCAUCUCCCAGCACUCCUCCAUGCUCCAUCCCCAUUCCCCCUCCUCCUGUUCUGGGCACUCUUGGCAUCCUUCUCCUCCAGCAUGGCUGUGGGUAGAGGCAGCAGGGGCACCCUGGGCACCCUGUCCCCAUGUGUCAUCCUCUUCUGCCUGCCCAGGAUGAGCCCCAGAGUGCCCAGCCCUGUGCAGUGUUGCCUCCACCACCCCUUGUGCCCACUCAUGCCCCUUGGUGCAGGCUCUGCCCAGGGAGCUGCUUCCUGAGCCUGGCUGGGAGUGGGCAGCAGCACCCAGAGCCCUCCACACCCAUCCAGGAGGGCAGCAGCAGCCCACGGGGUGCUCAGCACCAUCCAGAGGCUCCCAGCAGCAGCCAGGGCACUCGACACCACCCAUGGGCAGAUGGCAGCCAGAAUGCCAAGGUCCCUCACCCCCCUGAUGCCAUAGCCCUGGCAGAGCAGCUCCACCUCUGGGCUUGCUGCUCCUUGUCACAUCUCACAUCUCUUCCUCACAGCCACUCGGUCCCUGGGCACCAUCUCUGGCGUGGGUGCCCUGCCCAGCAGCCACCCUGCCCAGCAGGGAGGGCAGGCAGGGAUGGAGCAGCUCCUGAGGCUGGGUGCAGCAGAGUGCAGCUGGCACCUCACGAUCUUUCCCAGCUCCCCACCCCCCACGUUCACUCCACUCCAGCCCCUCCGCCAGGCCCUUCCCAGCUCACCUCCCAUGCAUCCAUGGCCUCUGCUCCAUCCUCCACUCCAGCUCCCAGCCCAGGUACCGUAAGCUCCUUUGCUCUCUCCUUAUGGCUGCUCCCCAGCCCGGCGGCAGAAGCUCCACAGGAGGACCCCGGCCCAGCCCUGCACCGGGGACGUCCUUGCCACCUCCCCCCGGUGCCCAGCCGGGCUCCAGCUGCUGCCCUGUGGGCACAGGUGGCCGCUGCAGCGCUCCGGGGUGGCGCUGCAGGACUGAGAGCUGCGGUGGCAGAGCCUGGGCUGCAGGAGGCUCCUUCCACCUCUGCCUGGCCGCUUGUGGCAGCUGCAGCCUGUGCCUUGUGUCCGUGUGAGAUGUUGUCCCUCUGUCCUGUCACCUCCCACCCUGCUGUGCCGAUGCCUCUGCACCCCUGGGAGCUCCUGUGCCCACCCAGCUAAGGGGGCACCAGAGGAGCAGGAGGAUGCCAGCACAAGGCUGCCCUGCAAGAUGUGGCUGGCUUGGGACUGAGCCUUGGGGUGUCCCACCUUGGGGUGCUGUCACCUCCUGGGGUGCGGUGUGGCUGUGCCAAUCUGUGCCUCACCUUCCUGCUGGCACAGCACAGCCCUGCCAUGCCCUCAGCCUCCUGUCUGGGGGCAGGAAUCCCCCCACGAAGGAU